AUGCACGACAUUAUCAGAGAAGCGCCAUUAGGGCAACUUAUUCGCUUCCUAUCAAAGAACACCCUGUUUCGCUACCCAGAGGACGAACCUGGCUUCGAGCUUCCUGCCACAUGGACCGCCCUGCUAAAGGGCGACGAGGUAGAAAUCAAAGAAACUCCUCCCGUUGAAGGCAGUGAUUCCUACAUCGCUCAAAACGAUAUUAUCUACCGCCCACGCUCCUGGAGACCCGAGGAUCCUGAGUUAGCUGACCUGGGGAGAAUCAAUACUGCAAGCACCAGCCAUACCAGGCCUUAUACGAAUGAACGGAUGCAAGCAGAGCGAAUGCUCGAGAUCGGACGUACCGUCUCUCUUCCAAUUGUGCCUCAGAGAACGCGAGAUAACCAAAUUCUGGUGGACUGGUACACCACCGAUGACCCAGCCAACCCACAGAACUGGUCGUCGCACAAGAAGACCGCUGUCGUCUUCAUGCUAUGCUUCUAUACCUUUACCGUCUACUGCGCUGGUCCAAUCUUCGCUGCAUCCGAACCUGGUCUUGUACAACAUUUCGGAGUCAGCCCGGUCGCUACCACUCUUGGGUUGGGUCUCUAUGUACUUGCAUAUGGUAUCGGGGAUCUUCUGUUUAGCCCCUUGACCGAGAUCCCUGUCAUCGGCAGGAACCCAGUCUAUUGGUCGACUUUUAUUGUCUUCUGGGUACUCUGCUUCCCAACCGCCGUUGUUAACAAUUUCGGAGGUCUUCUGGCCUUGAGAUUCUGGCUGGGUUUCUUCGGCAGUCCUGCUUUGGCUAAUGGAGGAGCGACAAUCAGCGAUAUGUUCGCGCUGACACAUAUCCCAUACGGUCUCUGUUGGUGGGUCUUCUCUGCCUGGGCAGGUCCUGCGCUUGGCCCGGUCAUUGGAGGAUUCGCUGCUAUGGCAAAAGGCUGGAGAUGGCCAAUGUGGGAAGUCGUCUGGAUUGCAUCACCAGUGCUGUUGUUACUUUUAUGUGUUUUCCCCGAGACCUCUACCCCAAACAUCUUGUUGAGACGAGCACGUCGGCUUCGCAGAAUAACGGGUGACGAGCGACUACGAUCUCAAAGCGAGAUUGACCAAGCUAAUCUCUCAACAUCCCAAAUUCUAAGUUCGGCGCUGAUCAAGCCCAUGGAGAUCAUGUUCAAAGAUCCCUCCAUAUUUUUCGUCAACGUCUAUACGGGGUAUUUUUACGGAGUCUUCUAUACCUUCUUCGAGGUUUUCCCCCUGGUAUUUCCUCCUUUCUACGGGUUCAACCUCGGAGAGACCGGUCUCGCGUUCUUGUCGUGUUUGGUUGGCGUAACUGUGGCUAUUGCGAGCUACAUCGCCUACCUGUAUUUUUACAUGGUGCCUGACAACCUCAAGAAUGGCUUCCGUGAGCAAGAGCAUCGCCUCAUCCCUGCGAUCUUCGGGUCUUGUUUACUUCCAAUAGGGCUUUUUACUUUUGCUUGGACCUCUGACUCCAAUAUCCACUGGUCAGUGCCACUGGUCGGCGUGGGAAUUUUCACCAUUGGACAUUUCUUCACCAUGCAAUCGCUUUUUAUCUAUAUCCCAUUUUCCUAUCCACAAUACGCCGCCUCUCUUUUUGCUAGCAAUUCGAUCUGGAGAUCUGGCAUUGCGGGCGGUGCCGUGGUUUUCGCCCGACCGCUCUUCAUCAAUCUGGGCGUUCAUAGGGGUGUUAGUCUUCUCGGUGGGUUGAGCUGUGCUGGAAUCUUUGGGACAUCUGCUAUCUACAUCUUCGGCAAGAGACUUCGCGCAAGAUCCAAGUUCGCAGUCCAUUGA